GUGGGGGCGUCUGCUUGGAAACAGGGCCGGGCCGCGUCGCUCGGAGCCCGCCGGCGGGGCGGGGGCCGGGGGCUGCCCGUGCGCUGGCAGGCGCGCGGCGGUACGUGCGCGCGGGCACGCGCGGCCCCGCGGCUCGGCCGAGCUCGGCUCGGCCCGGCCCGGCAUCGGCGGCUCCUUCUCCCGCGCCUUGAUCCUGAGGGUGCGAAAGGCCCGUGAGCUGGAUCGCGGUCAGCUCCGCCGCCUUCUGGGAGGACCUUGUCUUUAGUGGAUCUUAAACCGAAUUCUACCGGGGCUCUGUGUUCAGUAGUUAAAAUUAUUAGUGGUCGGACCACUGCAGCUGGUUUCCUUUCAAGCAGUGAGCGAGUCACGUUCGCCCGAGCUUAUUUUCUGAGCGCUGUCAUCUUGUUGAUUUUCACGCUGUUUUCUCCGUGCUGCCUCAAGUGUAGUGAGUUAGUGGAUGGCUGAAAUUUGGCUCCACCAUUAAGUUGCUGAAAUGUUUUGCUGCUUGAGAACCGUGAGAAGGUUAUGUCUGGACAAGAUAUUGCUGCAGUGCGUUCUUCAGUCAAGAACUUUGUCAGGCGCUGAUGCCAUCAAUGCUCUCAGACCUUUCUAUUUUGCUGUACAUCCAGAUUUCUUUGGCCAGCAUCCCAAAGAGAGGGAAGUAAAUGAAAACUCUCUGAAGAGGCUAAAUGGCUACUUGGAGAACCUACAGAAACCAGGAUUUCGUUCGUUUAAACCAACUCAGCUUACUUUUUAUGUAAGAGAAAGAGAACCAAACUCUUCUAAUGUUCAGGAAUCCUUCAGUGCUUCAGGGUUUCGAGCAGUCAGUUUUACAUUACAUACUAGGGAUCUCCUGAGCACAGUAUUAGAUAUUCUCAACUCCUGCAGUUUGUCUACAGAGCAUGUUCAGAGUUUGAAUGUGAACUCUCAGCCCCACAAGGAAGCAAAAAGCACAGUGAACAGACCUAUCAAAUGGGAUAAGACUUAUUAUUCAUUUACUGGAUUCAAGGAUCCCGAGGAGGAACUAGAGCAAGCCCAGAGAGUGGAAACAACUUUACUGUCCUGGCUAGAUGAUAAUGAGGCAAGUGCAGUAAAAAACCUGAAAAAGAGUUUGCCGCUUAGAAAAGAAUUAGAACGUUUAAAAAUUGAACUUUCUCAUGAACUCCAGCUCUCAGAUAUCAGGUGGCAGAGAAGCUGGGGCAUUGCUCACCGCUGUAGCCAGCUGCACAGUCUGGGUCGCUUGGUCCAACAGCGACCUGAAAUACUAGAGAAUGUUAAAGGACGCACGGUGGUUUUUACAGACCGCUCGGGUAUGAGUGCAGCAGGUCACAUAAUGCUGGGGACCAUGGAUGUUCACCAUCACUGGACCAAAAUUUUUGAGAGACUGCCAAAUUAUUAUAAGCUUCAAAAAAGGCUGCUGCUCUUGGAAGAUCGGAUAAGCCAACUCCUGGGAGGCAUCCAAGUAAUAUAUAUUGAAGAACUACAACCUCUGUUGACUCUAGAAGAGUACUUUGAGACUCUGAACUCUUUCUAUAAUAAAUUACGUGACAGCAGACUACCUUUUCAUCCUCGCAGUCUGCGAGGCUUGCAAAUGAUUCUGGAAAGUGACAGAUAUGCACCAAGCUUACAUGAAUUUGGACACUUUAUGAUCCCGACGGUCUGUGAUCCAGCAGCUCUUCAAUGGUUUAUUUUUGCCAAAGCACAGGAAGCAAGAGAGAAUUUGAAAAGAAAGGAGGAGAUGAUGAUUACAGAGAAGGAGCUAAUCAAUACUUCCACAGAGAGAUUUUCUUUGGAGCGGCUGUAUAAGGAACCCAGUGUUUCCAGUGCACAGAUGAUAGAGUGUUGUAAGAGGCUGCUGGAGGAAUCAUUGCCCUACCUGCAAGGCAUGCACCUUUGCAUUUCACAUUUCUACUCUGUGCUGCAGGAUGGAGACCUGUGUAUACCUUGGAACUGGAAAAACUGAGGGAUGUAUCUGAUAAUCAGAUGAAUUGUUUUAUUUUCUGCAAGAGGUUAUAAAUAUGGAUGUUUUUAAGAGUAAAUUAUUUAAAUCUGUAUUUUGAUAUCAGUAUUCAGCUCACAAAUUUUCUUCCAACUGCUGCUGAGAAAGGGUUGCAGUCCUAGACAAUUUGCACACUGCACAGUAUUGGUAGUCCUGGGAAAGACAUCUGUACAUUAUUCAUACUACUGUAGGAGUCCCAGUGUAUGGCUACAGUUGUGAAACCGCAUUUUUGUAGUGAAUUCUGAAAAUACAUUAAAGUGCAAGUCU